AUGAAGCUUUCCCAAACGCCGCAUGCAGGCCGCGUACAGGCCGCGUUUACGACCGCCAUGUUGCGCGAAGGCUUGGUUAUGACGGAUAUUGAGGUGAACGCGGGCAACACAGUGGUGGGGUUGAAAGGGAAUGUCGCCGCGCCCUACGCGAGUGGCCUCGGUCGCUCGCAAGUCAACAGUGAACAAGACAGUGAACAAGUUCUACGUCCAUUCAGAGGAUCCAGUUCCCAGCCGAAGCAUCCGUUCGCUCCGCAUCGGCCCCUUCAACUCCUGCUCCCUGACCUCCCAACUUCACAGCCGCCUCCAGUCCUACUGGGCCCACACCGAUCGCAUCGCCAUCCUCAAAGCAACCUGGCGAUGCGAUUAAUGUGGGCCCACCUCCACACUUCCGCCUUUGCCGCCGCUGCGAUGGUAGUGACGUCCACGCCGAAUGCCACGUAUGUGUACCCAUCCAGCUACCAAGAGAAGAACAGUGCUACGCAAGCGACGGUGUUGUCUUUGAAUCGCUACCUCGUCCUUGGGCUGGCCGGACUGAUCCUGCUGGCGUUUUUCACCGUGCUCAUCGGCCUCGGCACCAAGAGACCCACGUGGUGGUAUGCCACCCUCACACGGUGGUUCAACAUUACAGACCACGAUACAACGUCCAACUUGCUCGUGAUUUCUGGUCAAAAUAACGGACGGUCGCACCGCCCGCAGCAGACAUCGAGUAACCCCCUGACCAUGCGCCUCGACGCGUGGCGAACGUUUCAAGAAGAGAAGCACGUGCCCCCACCACAUAUCGACGAACUGCGGCACCUCCACUACCUGCCACCACCGGUGACAGAGACCCUCGACCACCACACCAUGAAUGCCGCCGCAGCGAACAAGUCCACGACGGCAACGAGCAUUGUAUAGCUUCGUGAUGCGCUUAUUUAUACAGUACCCAUCAACGCUACUUGGACGUGUAUAGUGAGUGCAGCUUGUUUGUAAUGACCAUUAUUAUGCCUAGCAUCGUUUUACGUGGAUUGCC